AUGGAAGAGAACAUCCAUGAUGCUAUUUGGGGCCAUGCGGAGCGGCGUCAGGCAGAGCUGAUGAUCACGGAAGGGGUGGCUGAUGGUGGAGUUGUUCAAAUUCCACAGAAGGUGGAUGACAUCUACACCACAGAUUGCUGGGGCAGGAAGAAGGUGACGGCCAAGGCAAGCGAUGUUUUGAAAAAGGCUGGCAAAUUGGACGGGGAUGCCGGUUUCUGCUGCAUAUAG